CACCUCAGGCUGGUUUAAGUACUACAUAAGCAGGAAGUACCGCUUCAAUUUACAACCUCCUUUUUUCACAAUGUUUUUAGUGGUUAAAAGUUAAGUGGGAGAAUGUGCUCUUGUUCAUUCUAAGCAGCAAGACUGCAAAAUAACUUAAACCUACCACAAAACGUCGCACUGUCAAUAUUGCUGUGCGUCGGUUUUUUUUAUUUGAAAAUGAAAGUGAAACCAAAUAGCUCGUCGGUGCUCGAAAAGCAAGCCGGAGAGGAGUUAAGCAGUAUAGAAUCAUGUGUAUGUUAAAUGUAUUAACUUUAUUUAUAUUUCUUUCUGAGGGCGUGCGUAGUGGUCCUCACCUGUCAUGGCUGCCGUGUAAGUUCAGUGACCAUCGUGUGCUCAUCAAUAACGAAGGUGCACGUGACGUUCAGCACCGGGACAGAGCUGCCAUGCUGCAAUUCGGUCGCAAAGAUGACACCCCCAUUAAUCCUGAUGCUAUAACUUUUCUGAUCACUGAGUCCAAACUGGACCUGCAGAGCUACUUGGAGGACGUGGAUGCGGAUCACAUGGAUUGUGAGAUUCAUCGGUCCAGCGCAGACCCAGAUGUGAAAUGGCCCGGCCAGAAGUCCCAUGAGUACAACUGUUGGUUCAGCUUCACACUGACACACAGAGAGGGCCUGUUCACUGUCUCUGGAUUCCUCAGAUACCCCACUGAGCACCCCCCUUCGGGGGAGGAGGCCACUCGCAACUGGCCUGUUAUCGAGGACCGAGAGAUGCUAUUUGCAAGAGCGGCAAUGAUCAUGAAAACCCGAACUCCAUCUGUGACAUCCGGUCUGGGGUUUCAAAAAAAGCUCCACUGCCAGUUUGCUGUGGAUCACAAGAGACCAAACGUGACGGUGCGGUGGCACCAGCAGCACCACGACGAUCUCUUCGUCUACGCCAGCCACUCUGGGAAGACCAAGGGCACGGGCGUUGACUUGAGAAAUCUGGCCAGCGGUGACCUUUCGUACACGCUGCCCUACACCAAAGUGCUCCACGGAGGGACGUACACGUGCUCGGUGUCCGUGUUUCCGCUGUUUAGCAGCCUAGGCAUCGUUCUAGAAAUGCAAGCGUCCCCCCUGGUGUCCCUCAAUGUUGGUCCUACUCUUACUUUGCAAGAAGGUGAGCAGAAGAAGGUGAUUUGUGAGGCAGAGAACUACUACCCUCUCGAUGUGCACAUUGUGUGGUCCGAGCGGGAUCCGGAAGUGUCCAACCAGAGGGUCGGCGCUCCUCUCCCCAAGGUGCUCAAGAAUCUUCUGCUCUCCAGCCAUAAACACAACACGGACAAGACCUUCUCGCUGUCGGGCUUCUUCUACCUCCAGGCUUCGCUCCAACACUCGGGGAGACAGUUUACAUGCACAGUCUCCCAUCGGUCCCUCCGAAUGCCCAUUAAGAAGAGCUUCAUUCUGAUAGUUGAAGAAGCAAGCAGCUGGUUGUUUAUUCUCACUGUUUGCAUCUUUGUGGUCGCACUGCUGGUCAUCCUCUAUUUUAUGCUGAGCUCCCUCUACCAAGCUAGAAAACAUUCAUUGGAGAAGAAGCCAUACUGAUAUGGAGCAUGGAGAACCGCAAUCUGAAACAUAAGUUUAAAAAAAGCCUGUUUCCCUCAUUGUACCCAUCAAGUGAUAAUUUUGGGGGGGUCCGGGUCCCGGAAAGUCACCCCCACAAAAAGGAGGGCUCUACUGAAAUGUAUCAAAAACUAUUGUUGGCUCUUAUUCAGUCCUUUGGUAUAAACGUAAACAUAAAAGUACACUGAAAAACAUCAACCCCAUCAUGCUAGUAUUGAUCCGAUACUAACACCACUUGGUAUUAUUGAUAUUUGGAUAGACCCUCGACUAAUCAGAUCAGAAGUCCUUGCCAUAAUCCUGUCGUUCCCUUCAUAAAUAAACAGAAUCCAUUUUGUUCUGAUGUGGUCUGUGGCUUCAGUGGCUAAAGCAGACAACCAAUGAAAUUCAAGUUCCAAUCGUAUCUGUACAUCGUAUGUGGACAUCCUUAAGUUUAAAUACGAAUCUCCUCGAAUGAUUUGGCAUCACUUUCGCCGUCUCUCCUGUUUUACGGUUGUGACAGAUUUAGAAUACCACUCUAGUUACGGCUAAGAAAAGCAAAGCAUCAACAUACGCACUUAAUGUUCCUGUCGGUGUCUUUGGUGAGGUCAGGUUGCAGAUAUCUCCAAGUACAAUUAAAUGAUGAUGAUUUCAAGUUUUAAAAAUCCUAUGCAGUUGGCUUGGCUGACAAUAAGCUCAUUCAAACCAGCAAAAAACCCCCGAAAUAUUUUAUUAUAUGCUUGAAACCAAUAUGUAGUCAACUCUGGCCGUACUAAGUCAUUCCAUAACUAUGCAGUUCCUUUUACUUGGGAACAUCUUGGUUGUUUAUUAGCAAGCUGGCGUCAGACUGUUUCUGUGUACAGUGUUAGCAUAGCGCCGCAAACACAACAUAGCCUGAAAUACUGAACCUCUCAAGUCAAACCGUUUUAAAGUUGGACUUUUUGCACUUCAGUCAGGAUUUUUGGAAA